CGCUGCCUCCCGCCCAGCGUCCUCGGAGCGGACGGAGCUAGGACCCAGGAAGGACGGGGCAGCGGGGAUAUAAAUAGAGGACAGACCAGAACAAAGUUUGAGGAGCAGCCUGACAUCACUGCCUCCCUCCACCCCAGGAGCCGCGGACGAGGUCGGACCCGGAGGACCUGGCGGGCGAGUGGGGGACAAAGGUCCCGUGGUCCUCGGUCCCACCCUCGGGGAGCAGGGCCCGUCCGCUCAAACCUGGACGGAGGCAUGAAGGCUGCGGGCUGAGCCGGCCGAGCGCCGGCCGGGCUCCCUCCCUCGCGGGGCUGGGCGCCUGCCCGGGGCCCCACGUCUGCUGUCGGAUCAGAGCGGCUCCUCGCGCAUCCCCACCGCCCGUGGUCUCUGCGACGUCCGUCCGUCCAUCCGUCCAUCCGUCCAUCCGUUCAUCCAUCCGGAAGCGCUCAGGCCUGCAGACGCGUCCGGCCGCGCGCCGACCCUCGAGGCUCCCCCCGCGGGACCGACACGGAUCGCUCUCUGCUUUCAAGAACCUGGGACAGCGUCCCUCUCCCUGGGGCGCGGCCGCUGAAGGCCCUGGUUGCCUCUCAUCCUCCACCGCCAUGAGGGAGCCGCCGCGGCCCCGGCCCCGCUGGCCCUCCUGGCUGCUGCUACUGUGCUGCAGUUUCCAGGUGCGCCCGGCCCUGUCCAGCUCGCAGGCCCAUCCAGGGUUCAAGGUCUUGCUGACCGCCUCCCACUACUGGCCCCUGGAGCAUGUGGACGGCAUCCAUGAGCUGCAGGAGACGGCUGGAGCAUGGCGAGCCCGCAACCUCACCGCGCCCCCUUCCCAUAACGCUACCUUUGUGCCCACCAAUGACUCUGCCUACUCCAAUGCCUCUGCGACCAUAGGUGAGCACGUGCCCCCUCCCGUCCGCCGCCCGGCGCCCCCGGGUGUGCGGUUCCGUGUGAAUUCUCUCUGUCACAGCGAGCGGGCGGGCACGCCGACGCCCAGGGAAGGAGGAGACCAGGGUUUCU